CGAAUUUACCAUGAUUUUCGAAAUGCAGUGAGUAGUACAUGAUCAAUAAUACUUGGAAUGUUUCCUAUAUUCCGCCAUUUUCCAGAUUCUACUGGUUGAACAUCCGAAGAAAUUCGUGGCAUUAUUUCAUUUAUGCCGGAUUUUGCGCCCCAGCGACGAUGAUUUGCACUUUCGUCGUCGCAUUGAAGGGAUCCUUGUUUCAGGUAAUAAUCUUGUACGGCUCCAAACUGUUUGAUCUAGUGUCAAAACGAAUCGAGACCAUGGCCAACUUGAUCGACGAGGAAGAACGCCGCAAGGAACUUCGUGAAAUUGUACAGCUGCAUCAGUUGGCGUUGGAAUAUUUGUCAUAUCUGGAGAGCACCAUGAAUUUGAUUCUGAUAAGUCAAAUGAUGGGCUGCCUCUUCGUGCUGUGUCUGGUAUUGUUUUAUGUUACUUCGAAUUUUGGAGUAGAUGCCAUCAAUAUAUGGAUUAUGUUGUUAGUGCUGCUGAUCGAAAUGACAAUCUACUGCUUCAUCGGAACUGAUUUAAGUGAAAAGGCUGCCGAAGUAGGACACGCCAUGUACCGUUAUCCCUGGUACAAAGAUCCCGUCGAUAUGCAAAAAUCGGUCCAACUGAUCAUUCAACGGGCACAGCGACCAGCCGGAAUUACUGCGGCAAAGUUCUACUUCGUUAAUGUUCAAAGAUUGGUCCUAACGAUCCGAGCUACUUUCUCGUAUUUCCUAGUACUGAAGGAUGUAUUCUAGUUGAACGCGUA